AUGUCAUCCCAAUCCAUUACUUCAAAUGUUACGGUUUUGAUUGAUAAUUACGAUUCAUUCACUUGGAACGUGUAUCAAUACCUUUCUGAACUCGGUGCAGAAGUUCAAGUCACCCAUCGACUGAUGCAGGAAUUUCCCGCGAUGUUAUUCAAUUUUUCUCAGGAAAGAUUCCUAUUCUUGGG